AUGUCUCUACCAUGGAAGAAAUCAGGACGUAUCUCGAGAUUCAUGUCAGAAUUUCAGCAAUCUCGGAAACGCGGCGGGUCUUUGUUCGUCGAAACCGGCUUCUCGCAUUCUCUAAUUGAUCUCUUCGUCAAAAACUGCGAUCGUCUUAAGAGAUCCUCCUCUAAACGCCUCAAACGCCAGAACCAAACCGCCCCAAACGCGUCUUCCCCAGUUAUUCAUGAUGUCAUCCUGGAAAAGCCGGUGACUAGGAAAACCGUUCGGAGUAAGAUCGAUAAAGAUAAUCUCUUCGGUGGUGGAUUAACGGCGGAGAAAAAUCGCGCAAAGGACAAAAACGGUUACGUUUGCGUCGGAGGCGGUGACGGCGCGCUAGUUUUGUUCGCGUUUCAAGUUUUUAUAGUGGCGUUGCUCGCCUUGAGCACGAAGAUGAAGCUCACUUUGGGAAUCACUCUCUCCACCAUCGCUCUUCUCUUAACAGAGCUCGUGGCGGGGCGUGUACUCACGCGCUUCAAGCCCUGUAGCACCACCGGCACGGAGAAAGUAAAGCGAGUCGUCUCCGUCCACGACAAAAACGCGAUUCCUUGUGAAGAAAAAAUCGAAACUUUUGAUGAUUCGAAGGAUGAAACAGAGCAUGUAGCUGUAACAGAGGAACCGAGCUCGGAAGAUUUAACGAUUCGCGAUCUGUUGUCGAAAGAUGAGAAGAAGUCCAAGAGUAAAAGUUCGAGACUGAAAUCGAAGAUUGUGAAGAAGCUGAAGAGUUACAAGAAGAUGAAGAAAACGAAUGUGAUCAUAGAAGAGACUUUGACGGAAGUCUCGAGCUUGGUUUCAGAGGAUAAAUCAGAGAUAAAUGAGUCUGUGAGAGACGAAGAAAGGUCGAAUCCGCCAUUGACACAAUCAAAAGGAGAUAACAUGAAUGGGAUUGUUCUGAUCGUGAUUGUGCUUACUGGUUUGCUAAGUGGAAAGAUCUUAGCUUUUGGUCUGACACUAUCAUGUCUGUUUCUGAGACUCGGAGCAGCCAAGAAAUUUGGUUUUCGCAUAUAA